CUCUGCGUAUUUUGCGCUAUAUUUGAUAACUAGCCAUCCUUUUUGUUCCGGGCGGUAGCUGCAAGCGUAGCAGGGGCAACUGGGCGCAUGACGUACAGGAAUUUAACGCCAGGUUGCUCAUGAUGGAUGAGGGGCAAAACUUUUGUCUUCAGUGGAACAGCUACCAGACAAGUGUGACCAGCCUCUUUAAUGACCUUAGGCGUGAUGGAGAGCUGGUCGAUGUGACAUUGUGUGCUCAGGGCCAGCAGAUAAAAGUGCACAGAAUGAUGCUGUCUGCUUGCAGUCCAUACUUCAGGGAUGUUCUCAAGGGUAAUCUGGGAACACAUCCAGUGUUCUUCAUGCGGGAUAUUUCCUUCAAAGACCUGGCCAACAUAGUGGAAUUUAUGUACCGGGGCAAGGUGAAUGUUGCCCAGAGUGAGUUGGGCUCCUUCCUGAAGACUGCAGAGACGCUCCAGGUGCGAGGUCUCACAGGUGAUGACGAACCGCCAGCGCAACCAGAGCCACCAAGAAAGCCGAAGUCGUCUGCACCGUCCGCCCCGCCGCCGCCGCCUCCGCGGUUAUCACCCGAACCAGUGCGGCAGCGGCCGGCGCCGGCGCUGCCGCCACCACCACCGCCGCCGCUGCCACCGCCACCGCCCAAGCGCUCCCACUCACCACCGCCGUCCACCGACGGCCUGCUCUCACCGAAGCGAGCACGCAGCGUGGAGCAACAGCCGUCGGCGCCGCCGCCGGCGGCAGCGCCGCUCGACACGCCGCCGGCGCCGCCGCGGCCCGGCUCCGAGCCCAUGUGCGUCAAGGAGGAGCCGCUGGUGCUGGAGGACGUUGAUGGUGACGGGUACGGCGGCGAGAACAGCUCGAGCAGCGGCGUGAUGCCGCUGCUCACGGACGCAGACAAUGUGCACAUGGGCUUCCUGGGCGGCACGCCCGCCCACCCGCCGCCGCACGAGUUCCAGGACGAAGACCUUUUGGCAGCUGUCGCCGGUCCUUCGAGCUUCCCCUCACAAGAACACUCAGAUAGUGCAACACCAGGUGCUGCCCUCAAGUGCCGGUACUGCGGACUAGCGUUCUCUCAGACUUCUCAUAGAGGGCGCCACGAACGCUGCGUCCACGAACGUCAGAUGGCGUUCUCCUGUCCUAUUUGCGGACGUCCGUUCUCGCGCCGAGACAGCCUGCGCGUGCAUGUCACGCGGCGGCACGGGCAGUCGCUGCCCUAGCCGACCGGGUUUGGGCAGUCACUGCCCGAGCCGACCGGGAUCGGGCAGGUGGCCUGACUUCUGAACCGGGACGGCAGUCGCAGCGUGCUGCUGGUGGUGAAGACUGCGUCUGAGGGGGCGGCAGCGUUCCGUGGCGUGUCACAUUGCGGCGAACUGACCUCGAAAGUGCUGCGUGAGAGAUUCGGUGUCGCUAUCGCCAGUGACCUGUUGUCUGCUGUCUGAUUUUCUGAUCAGACGUCUAGCCGAGUUUUUCGUCAUUUUCCUCUGUCGUUUGCGAGCGACUUUUUUUUUAGUUAAGUGAGUAUUAUUGGUUUCGCUGAGCACUUGGUUAGUCCUGCCAAUCUGGUAUGCCGGCGCUGUAUGUCCGUGCGGUGACCUAACCAGACAAAUCACAAUCAUAUGGAUUGUUGUCGUUCCGUGACGGUGUCGGCUAAUGGCCUGGACGGUUGACUCGCCCCAAAACAUAAAAAAAUAGCUAACAGAUGGCGGUUAGAUGCACUUCUGAGGUCAGCAGGCUGAAGCGCCUCAUUCGUGGAUGACCACAUAUAUCAGUUGGGUUUGAAAAAAGACCUCCGCCGCAAAAGUGGAAACAAGUGAUCCUCAAGCCUCGCCAAGAAAGGUGGGUUAGUGCGACCACUCUGUUUGCCGACAAAUUUUCGACGCAUCAUCGGUAUCGCUCGACAACGUAUUUACGGUGUGUGUUAUGUACGGUAUCAAUGGUUUAAAACAUUUAGCAGUGGCCUCAUUGCAAGUUUCCAGCUGUCAGAAUGUAAUUUUUGUGUGCUACGAAUAUGUAAAGCAUUGCAUGGCGCAAGGCAUAAUCUUUUCUUGCGCUUCCGAAGCUGGUACACGAUUGUUUGAAUAACGGAAUAAAUUUCAUUGAAAAAUGAAUUUUACUGACCUUUUUACCACGAACGCGGGGUAUAAAAUCAACCACAAAAUCGCUGUAACAUGAAUCGAAAUGAUUCCCAUAGAUCAUGUUAUGUGCAAGCCAUUCAAGGUCUUCGUUAAAGUGGGUCAAACUUCGAAAACCACCUUAUGCAAUGCUAUUAGAGCGUCUUAAUUGCACAUUUUCACGUUUGCUUACCAAUAUUACAAUGCGCAAGAUAAAUGUGGGCGGGACGACGCAGCACAUGUCUAGCAAUCAAGGCCAAACACGCUUUUCGACACGCAGUAAGGGACGAGCACGCUAACACGCUGGACCACACUUUCUUCGACGUGACUCUUUCGCCUCGUAGAUCCGACAGUUGAUUCCAUGCUUGGCGUCCUUGUACUGAGCAAGUGCUUUUUGAAAUGAGCCGUAUCACCUCGCACCAGCUCCACGCUGCCUUUUUUCAAAUUGUGCGAUAUGAUGGGUUUGGACAGGACGUGACUGUCCUGCCGUGAAUAUUGUCUCCCAAGAAAUGUAGGUAGAUGUCGAGACGUUGUCUGCUGCGCAU